AUGGAUGACAGUUUGGAUGAUCACAGCAAGGCUGAGGUGAGCAAUGUUGGAACAGAUGGUCCCUCCACUAAAAAGGUAUCUGGCAGGAGGCAAAACUGUGCCAAGACACCAUUCCCUUCUCAUUCCCACUCAAAUCCCCCACCAGCUGAUGGUUCCCAUAGUGAGUGGCUCUCUGCACCUCCAGCCCAUGCAAAGACCCUGGAAAACAAUGGCCAUGAUUCCAAUGAUGAAGCUGAUGAAGACACUUAUUUGCCCACCCUAUCCAAUUCAAAGAAAACAGCAACAUCCCUGAAUAGGAACAAGUACACAACUGAACUACAGGACCACUCAGAAUAUGCAGAUGAAGAUGGAUUGGAGAGCAUUCCUUUCACUGACCACCCAACUGAGGAGGGGUCAACAAGCAGAAACAAAGGUGGAAAGCUGAAAUCUGCCCUGAAGCAUGCACACCAGGCAAGUUUGGCUCUGUCAGAAUUGAGUGAGCCAGACAUGAAUCAACAUCAACCUGGGGCCAAAUACUCAUCCAAGUCCAACCAUAAUGGAUCUGUGACCACCAAUGCAGCAUCCACAAAUGUGAAACAGGGCAUCCCUGGGAGCACCUGGAAGUCACCUCAUGUCUGA